GCUUUCAAUACGAGCUUAUUGCAAUUACUAGAAGUUAGAGCAAGGAGAUAUCUGAGAUAAAAAGCCUGCAGAACGUCUAGAUUCGCUCGAGCGCAGCAUUGGAAUCGCAUGAUAUUCAUACCAGCUGCCUGAGGCAAGAGACAGGCUUGGCAUCGACGCGGAUAUCGACCAAUCAGUCAUAUUUGCUAUACAACGUCAUCUCCCCGAUAGUAACAAUAUCGAAAUAAAUUCCCGCACAAUUACGGUACUCUCAGAUAGGGAUCAUCUGGGACUUACGAAUACCAAUUUUGAUUGCGCUCACGGGUGCAACACCCCGGAGAAAAUUGUCGCUUGAUCAUGCCCUCCCAACCGGCAGUACCACCCCUCUUAACGCCAUAUGUAACGUCCCUCCCUCACUCCUCACUCACCGUCUUGUCCUCAGUACUAGACGCAACGGGCAAUUGGCUUGUCCUGCGAUUCCUCUAUGCUGCACUAAGCGCGCCGUCCAACUCCCACGUCGCGUUCGGUAGCGAUGGCGUUGAUGGGCGGGAAAAGCGCAAAGUCGUGCUUGUAAGUUUUUUGCGGGGUUGGGAAUUUUGGAGGACAGAAGCAAAGAGACUCGGUUUGGAUCUUGCGCGCCUGACUGACAAGGGCCAAUUCGCCUUUGUUGAUGGACUCUCGGAACUCUUUUACGCACCUUCGGCGCCCCAAAGAUCACCAGCGCCACCCUCUUCGCCAUCUGCCAUUCCUCCAAGGACUGUCCUCCCUCUACGCACAUCCCCAGGCGCUGUGCCGGGACGAGCUCCGCAACCUCUGCCGCGACCGAGCCCCACGGUCCCGAGUACAGCAUCGACGGAGAAUGGACGUACGAAACGACUACAUUUCUCCGGCAGCGGGUUCGCGGCCCUUGACACCCUCGAGAAUGACAUCGCGAAUGUGAUCGAGCAGCUCCAAACCUCGAAAGACGGAGAUGAAGGGGAACCCGAAGUACUAUUGGUCAUUGACCAACCGGACAUGCUACUGGCCGCUACGGGGCCGAACAAGGGUAUAGGCGCUACGGAACUGGGGGAAUGGGUCAUGGGACUACAAGAGCAUGCUUAUGCGACGAUCCUGACGCUUUCCGCCGAUUCGCCGUUAAUACACAAUGCAUCAACGUCCGCCUCGCAAUCGGCGACGCCAUUGGAGAUGGAGCAUGCCGCAUUUGCCAUUGGAUCGGCUCAUCGGGCGGAGAUGGUCAUGCAACUGCGCAGUUUGGAAACGGGUGCGGCCAGGGACGUCAGUGGAGUGCUGAGGAUAAGCAAAGGAGGCGCCUGGGGUAGAGGUGCAAAGACAGGUGCUGAGGGGGAUUGGGAAGAGAAAGAAGUGCUGUACUUCAUUCAAAGAGACGGAGGUGUCAGGAUCUUCGGAAGAGGAGAAUAAAAGUGUUGCCUCAGUUGUUGAUGGGAGGAUUGUCUCUUCCGG